AUGACAUUCAAAGCAAGUCCAGGCAUGAUGAACAGCCACUCACAGACAGAGAAGACAACCAGGCUUUUGGGUAAACUUUUUUGUUCCAGUCAUUUGAUAGAUUUUAAAAUGCCUCCUCCAGCGGUUCCCCAUGGCAUGUGCUUAAAAGUUAUAAACAACCGCAACAUGAAGGGUGGCAUGGGCUCUGAAACAAAUCCUCUGAAGUUCAUGGAUCAGGACUGCAAUGUUUUACAAGACUACUGUCUAAAGACAAAACAGAGAUUUGUUGACGACUUUUUCCCACCUGAUCCCCGUUCUAUUGGUGAAGGGCUGCUGGAGCCAGAUGAUAUGGCCAGGGUGGAGUGGAUAAGACCAACGGUAUUGUGUCCAAACGCAGCUGAAUUGAUUGUAGAGACAGUGUCCAGGUUUGACUAUGCCCAAGGAAGAGUAGGUAAUUGUUGGUUUCUGGCCUCUGUUGGGGCUCUAACAUUUCAAACCAAAUUACUACAAAAGGUCGUUCCUGAUGGACAAUCAUUCAGCCACAAUUAUACUGGUCUAUUUCACUUCAGAUUCUGGCGGUUUGGAAACUGGUACGAUGUUGUGAUUGAUGACAAACUGCCGACGAUCGGCCGCCAGCUGAUUUUUGUGAAAUCAAAAACAUUUAAUGAGUUCUGGCCUGCCUUGCUGGAGAAAGCCUAUGCCAAGCUGUGCGGCUCCUACGCUGACAUGCAUGCUGGUCGAGUAUCUGAGGCCCUAUUGGACUUUACUGGUGGGGUUCAUAUGCACUAUGAACUGAAAACAGCUCCUACUGAUCUGUGGGACAUAAUGCACCGUGCUUACCAGUCAGGGGUCCUUAUGGGAUGUGAAACUCCGGCAGGGAAUGAAGAGCGAUUACCAAAUGGCAUAGUUGUGGGCCACGCUUACACCGUGACAAAGGUUUACCAGGUCAUGAGUGGUAGAAACCCAGUUAAACUGGUUAGAUUGUUCAACCCUUGGGGAGACAGUGAAUGGAACGGAGACUGGAGUGACAACUCACCUUUGUGGAACACAGUGAGCAAUGAGGACCACAAACAACUCCAAGUGAAUGAAAAUGGAGAGUUCUGGAUGUCAAUGAACGAUUUCCGUAGAACAUUUGACAACAUGGAUAUCUGCUGCACCUGUCCUGAUUUUCUGGAGGGGAAGUCUGCUUGUCACUGGAUUUCCAAGUUCCACCAUGGCAGCUGGGUUUCUGGGAGCACAGACGGAGGCGGCAUAAGUUAUACAGACAGCUUCUGUAAAAACCCCCAGUUCUGGCUGAAGAUUGAAGAGUUGGAUAAGGCCUGUGAACAGGGCCAGAAUAAUGUUCUGGUGACUCUCAUACAGAAACCUGACAAGAGACACAGACGCCGCUCUGCACACCAUGGCAUCGGCUUCUACGUGUUUGCAAUUCCACCUGAGAUGAGAUCUGAGGGAAAGUUUGGAUCAAGCUUUUUCCAUGGAAGAAAGCCUGUGGUAACAAGCGAGCCCUUUCAACGUGCAAGACAGGUGAUGAAAUUCUUCAGGCUGGAGCCCGGAGAGUAUCUCAUCGUGCCAUCCACACACCAGCCCAAAAUGAAAGGAGAAUUCAUCCUGUCCAUUCUCUGCAAAAAUGAGAUCCACAUUCAAAAGGACACAGAAAGAAUUGAGAAAGAUUUUCUUGUGGAUCUUUUGGGCGGGUCUGAGGUCCAUUACACUGAAGAUGUGGAGGAAAGAUCAAAAACUAAAGCACUGUUUCGGCAAUAUUCCGAUCAAUAUCAAGUUGUUGAUGCUGAGAAGCUUCAAAGGCUUCUCCAUGAAAACCUACUUGGAGGGCAUAAAAACCCUGAAGGAUUUGGCCUGGAUUCCUGUAGAAGUAUAAUAGCCAUGUCAGAUUUAAAUGUUACUGGAAGACUCCUCGGACCAGAGUUCAUUCGUCUUUGGAACCGUAUUUUGACAUACAAGAAUAUCUUCUACAGCAUGGAUUCUUCCAGAGAUGGUGUUCUGUCAUUCAGCGAACUGCAAAAUGCAUUAGAGAAAACAGGACUGCGUCUAAAUGAAGACAUCCUAAAUCUGAUGUUUGUGCGGUACAGUGGGGCUACUGAACAGAUCUCUCUGGAGGGUUUCAUAUGCCUUGUCAUGCGUUUGAAUUGUGCGGCCAGAAUAUUCCAGAGACUGUGUGAAAAUGGAAAGAUUACUCUUGAUGAGAGUGAGUGGAUAGGGCUCACCAUGUACUCAUGAGGGAAUGACUGCUAGCCAAGAGGUUACCAACAAAUGCGAGAAGCAGUGCGAAAAGAAAACAUCAGCUUGGUUAUCAAAAACAAACAGCGAUUUAGGCAAUCUAAACAUGUCUUGUCUUUUUCUUUUAUUCCUUUUUUUUCUAUAUCAAACUGAUAAAUGGUGAUUGUUAUAUUAUGCCCUGCCCUUUUAUCCCUCUAUUAAAAUGCUUUUCUCUUUUUCUUAAAAUUCAUUUAAUAUACCAAUUUUAUAUGAUCAAACUGUUUGUAGUAAUUGCAAAAAAAUCUGUCUAUUUUCCAUUUUUCGAAAAGUUAUGCAUGUUAUCUAUGUAUUUCUCAUUGUAUACACUUGGAGUCACUGUUGGUGUAAAGUAAAGCAUAUUCAAUGCUA